AUGAUAAAUUUUGAUGCUCAAAAAAGGUUUAUUGAUUUAGCUACAGGAAAAAAUGGAGUUAGUUAUGAAGGUACCACUUUGCAUGGUGAAACGCCCGAUUAUUUAUUUGAUACAUUAGCGGGUGGUAAAAUAGAUGAUGGUGAUAUGGAAAAAAUUCCUAUUGAUGGCAGGUUUGGUAUGCCCCCUUUACGUCCAGGUGUUUUAUACAUGCGUAAUGAUGGCUCAGGUCAAAUUGGUUCUGAAUUCAUUCUAGCUUUUCAAAGCACUCCAUUUUUCCGUAACCAUCAUGUUGCAAUUGGACUAUUUGCUUUCAAAUAUUAUGAUGAUCCUCCAGAGGCUGGUAGACAAACUUAUGUCAAUGGUGAAGAUGUUCUCAAUUAUUUUAAACACAAGUUGGAAGGUCCAAAUGCUAAAUUAUUAACCAUUACAGGUUGUGGUACCUUAUGA